AUGGAGAUAGACGAUCAUCACCAACAAUUAAGAACCUGCGUGGUUCUUGGAGGCCGAGGCCUCAUUGGAAGAUCGCUGGUGUUGAAGCUCUUGAAACUUGGCAAUUGGACCGUCCGAGUUGCCGAUUCGACUCCGUCUCUCCAACUCGAUUCCUCCGAAGAGAAAGAUUCAAUUCUAUCACAAGCCUUCUCGACCGGUCGCUCCGAGUACUUUCACGUCGAUGUUCGCAAUAAACCCCAAAUCAUCAAAG